UUAUUUAUUCUCUGAAGAAGUGACUUACACUAAGUCACGAAAAGUCAGAAAAAUCUAAAUUUCGACUCAUUGAGAUAUUACAAAUAUAUUAUUUAUUUAGAAACCCAUAAUCGUCACGAAACAAUCACACGUAAAUCCUACACUUCACCUUAUUCUUUUGACAUGAAUGAUAUAAACAGACCCACAAUGGUUGAUUUCACUAUUUGAUCAAGAACAAUGCCAAAUUGUUUAGUGUUGCUCGUUACGAUGAUAUCUUGCUCCACCGUGUGGUCACUUGAAACGUUGGAAACUACAACCGAGGAUCACACAAAUUCGAAUAGCUCAGAAAGACAAACAAGACUUUUGUACAGUCUCGCACUGCCAGUAAAAUGCAUGAGACUAUAUAGCUUCUACAAAAACAGGGAUUAUUGGAUGGAUUUAUAUGACAGUAAUCCAUAAUUGGGUUUAGAUAAACCAGUGCAGAUGUUCAAUGUAAGGCAAGUGAUGUUUCGUGGUCGAUAUAUACUAGUUCAACCAGAUACAUGUGUUACAGUCAUUCGUCGAGGUGGACUACGAUCAGUUGGAUCCAUAAUGAAGUGUUUAACAUGGCCUAGAAACAGUGUUCAUUCACCUUGUAAUAUACCACGAGAGUCAACGAGGAUGUCUGAUGAAAGUGGGGAAAAUAUUGUUGAUGCACUGAAUCAGGAGUGGAAUUCUGGGGACGAAACACCUAAUGAAUUUGACCCAGGUUCAUCAGAGAAAGACAGUGAAAAUGUCGAUAUUAUUACUAAGUGAAAUCAUUACUUGACACUUGUAUUGCUAUCAUGCUAUCACUAAUCAACAAUUACAUUUUAAUUAACAA